AUGAUUUCCAACAUCUUCUUAUCCGCGUUCAUCGUUCCCGCCUAUACCAACAACCUCUCGUUCUCCUCUCUUGCAGAUCUCUGGGGUGGAGAGCUCGCCCCUUACCAGAACCGCACAUACGUGCCCGAUCAACGACCUGGCAAGUUUGAUGGCGGCCAAUGUUGCCUAGUGGCCCUCAAUCAUUCGCUGCAGAUCAACGACGAUACGCUCGAGUAUGCACCCGGGCAGACGGCACUCCGUGGUGAUCUCGGCAUCAUCGUGGACUCGCCCAAUCCUUGCACUGCUGGAUACAAUGGCUCCUCGGGCGGUGAUCCGCAGGUAUGGAUCACAUACGACUGGUGCGUGGAGAAUUGUGGCUCGUCGUGGGUCAUGCCCAGACUCAGCAGCGCAGGCGUCCAGGACUGGCUUCAGCCUAUGGUCGGAUACAUGUUGUCCUCGGUGAUAUUCUGCCUGAAUAUUGCUCGACGAAGACGAAUACGGGUCCCUGAGAGGCUAUUUCCCAAACGACUGAGCUCCAUUGGCGGGAUUUGCUCGUCCAUAUAUCAAAUACCCUUGGCAUCAGCAGUGGUGACCAUCGACACAAUCACCUGGCUGGCGAUCAUCUUUCCUAUGGCAGGCCCAAUGAUCUUGGCGGGGAUAGUGGAAGGCCUGCUCGAUAUUCGCAUACUGGGCGUGUUGCACGACGGGUCGGACCGUCUAACGACGAGGCAGAGAGCACACAUGCUGUACUGCGCACUUCUUGGUGACCUUGACAUCAGUCCAGCGUGGGAAAGGUCCGUCGAACGGGUAGCGCAUCUCCCACAUCUGUUCAGGAACAGGUCGAGCAGUGCGACUGUCUUGGCAAUCCAAGCUCAUCGCAAAUCGACACGGCAUACCAGCAUGAGUCCGACAGCUGGGCGCAAGCCAUCCAGUCGGGCGAACACUGUCGUUUCGUCAUGGUCGGAAGCUUCGCAAGUUACCCAGCGGGGGAUUGACGACACCAAGAAUCAAUUGCGUUGCAUGUUGCAGUCUCAGAACAGCUUCGGCUCCACGGUAGGUGCAGCCGUUCUGUUCUAUACCGGAUCGUUUGUGUAUGCCUUGAACGACUUGAGAAAGACAUCUGGAUAUGGUGGUACCGCUCACGGGCUGGCUUUCGGAGUCUUCUGGAUGACGAUCCCUCACGUUUCCAUUGUCAGUAGCUUCCUACUCGCAGGUGAUAACACAAAGGUGUGGGAGGCCGCGACCUACGGUCAUCGACGUCGAAGCAGGAUGAGUCAAGUACAGUAUCCAUCGGCUCCUCGGAGGACUUCUAGUGCACCCAAUCUCCAGAGGCAUGCUGGACUCUUGCAGGAUGAAGGACCAUUUGACAACCUACAGUACAAGAUCUACGAGGCUGUUUCCGACUCUUCCCACAGACAGGCAUGGCUGUGGGACCGUGGCGGGAGCAAAGCAGUGUGGUUGAAGCAGAUGGCACAAGAGUACCCUGAGCUGGAAAGCGCCUGCAACCGGAUCCUCCGACUGGGUUGGACUGGUUGGGCGUUGCAGGUGCUGAGCGCCACCAUGAUUUUAAUACUCUUCCCCUGCCUCGCCGGCAUGAUGUUAAGUUACAGCAUGCCGGCGACUGGGUUGAGCUGCCGCUCCAUGACAACGCUAGUGUAUGGUAGUUCUCAGACUCUGUUGAUUGGUCUCUGGCUGUUUGACUGGGCCGUCUGGAAGACACGCGCCGGCGUGUAUCGAACCCUGUUCUCGAUACCAUCUCUCGAGGCCAAGAACAUGGUCAGAUGGAUGUGGUACGCGCUUCUGUGGCUUGGGGCUGUUACGGCCUUCUUCACCAGCAUAAUGGGCACAGGUAUGUGCUCUUGA